AUGGCUUCCGGUGGUCAUCCUGAGGGAGCGGCGCUGGUCACUAGACAUGACCAGCUGGCUGGCAGUCUGGCUAGGCUGCAGAGACUGGCUGCGAGCAGGCAGGCCGCGCUCAUGGAGAGUGUGUGCAGGUGCUCCAGGAGGAAGGAUCUCGCCUCCAGCGGUUACGCCCCGGCGAUGAGCUGGGAACAGGAGCAAGCGAGAUUGGCAGCUUUGUUAGAAGAAAUAAUAUCGGAUAACGAAGAUAAUGAUGCAGUGGAAAGUGAUGCCAGCUUGGAUGAAGAUUUUAUUCAAGAAUCUGAUCAUGAUUCUUUAUCUAAAUAG